AGUAUUAAACACCAUCUCUGAUCCUGUUUGCAGCAGCAGUCAGAAACUAACCGCGACACUCUGCUGGAAAUGUUUUCUGCAGCAUUACAUACACACAAAGGAAAUAACUCUGUCACACAUUUUUUUCUCUUACUCUUCUUGAUUUGCAUAAGUGCCUGUGAUUGGUUGUUGCAAGCUCACGGAGAAGGAAAUACUGCCCUCUCCUGAUUGGCAGGGAGCAGAAGGGGGCAGGUGUUGUGUGUGAACAUAAAUACAGCCUUGACAGGCACACUUGCAUGCAUCUGCUACCAUCAUCCUCUUCAACAGAACUACAUCCAGCUCCAUCACUGACAUCAACUCAGUCUUCAGACGAGGAUCCACAGGUCAAGGAGAAGAGAUUCUCUCAAGCAGGAGAAAAAGAGCAACAGGAGGUCAUCAUGUCUUUUGAAGUAAAGGAGAAGACAGAGGUGCGUCUGGUGUUUCUGGGAGCAGCUGGAGUGGGGAAAACAGCCCUCAUCCAACGCUUCCUCAAAGACACCUUUGAGCCCAAGCACCGGCGCACGGUGGAGGAGCUCCACAGGAAGGAGUACGAGGUGGCGGGCGUUAAAGUCACCAUCAACAUCAUGGACACCAGUGGCAGCUACUCCUUUCCCGCCAUGCGCAAGCUCUCCAUCCAGAACAGCGACGCCUUCGCCCUGGUCUACGCCGUGGACGACCCCGAAUCCCUGGUCGCGGUCAAGAGCCUGCGAGACGAGAUCCUGGAGGUCAAGGAGGACAAGUACACGCCCAUCGUGGUGAUAGGCAACAAGAUAGACCGUCACAACGAGCGCCAGGUGUCCAGCAAGGACGUGCUGUCCACGGUGGAGCUGGACUGGAACCACAGCUUCGUGGAGUCCUCCGCCAAAGACAAUGUCAACGUGCUGGAGGCUUUCAGGGAGCUGCUCCAGCAGGCCAACCUGCCCAGUCGGUUCAGCCCGGCGCUGUGCCGGAGACGGGAAACCUUCCCCAAGGAGAGCAGCAAACGACCCCCGAUGAACAAGACCAACAGCUGCCUCAUCUCAUAAUGAUGUUCAGGCUAAAGAGGCAGAGAGAAAACUGCCCAAAAGAGAGUGAAAGGGCUUUGUAUGGUGGGGAGCUGCACACCAAGAGACAGUGUUAAAUGUUAACAGACUCUAAUGAGACAGUAAAUUAUGUGUCCUCAGGCACAGAGAUACUGCAGCGAGGACGGACACAUAACCAUGAAAACAGACACCACUUUUUAAGACGUGAAAGAAUGUGGUUGAACAACUGCUUGCUGAAAACAAUGUGCACGGACACUGCUUACUGUGAAUGUCAACAGUGAUGGCGUAAUAAAACGUGACAGUGUAAAAGCAGCAUUAUGUAUCAUAAGCUCAGUUUUCGAUCAAGUGUACAUGUGAGGUUUCAUUUUUUAGGCUUUUGUGCAAUAAAUGUGAAGUGAUGGGUGUUUAUGCAAAAAUGUGUUUACAUAAGAAGACAGAGAACAACAGAAGGACAACGGUUUAUAUUUUUAAUAGCAGCACAUCAACACAUUAUGUUGUGAAUUAUUGUGAAGCCUGUCCUGUAACUCUGACGUUUUGAAAUACAUACUUCUGGUGUUUUUUUCUCUCUUUUUGUUUGACUAAUAAAUACUUUUUUUUUUAAAUGGGAGUUUGACUUGUUUUUGAGAAUUUAAAGGGUUUUUCUUUUCACCAUAACAGCACGAAGAACAAGGCGAUAUUUGAUGAUCUUAUCAGUGAUUACUUCAUGAUAAAUAAAGCAUAUUUACUUUACCUCCAGUCACAUUUGUGCAGGUUGUUUUGUCAUUUUUUCUGAUAUAGGACUUUUCUUGACGUGACAGAGCAGACAGAAUUAAAUAUGUGUGUAGGGGAGGGGUCAUAUUCACAUUUGAAAAUUAUUAAGGUACAUAUUAGUUAGUUAUUACAGUCCAAACUGAAAUACAAUGAAAAUAAAAUACAGCUAAGUUUGAAUCUAAGGACUUAAAAUUGUUUUGUACGGUCAAUUGUAUAAAUGUAGUAAUUCUGUCAUAGCAUAUGGAGAUAUUUGUUUGUUAAAUGGUGUAAUAAAUUGGUGGACACAAUUGCAUUGUGUUGACUCAACUUCUUUUUCUUGAGAACAGUGCUGGUCUGACCAGAAAUGUAAGUAAAAAAAAAUAAAAAAAAAAGCAGAUAACUAAGAAUUGCUUCAUCACUUCACCAACCUGUCUGUAUUUAAAGUGACUGUUGUUUAAAA